UGAAAUGGAAACUAACGCCACUGAGUCGCCGCCACAAAGGUGAUUGCCUCAUUCUCUCUCCCAUCUCACUCCGAACAAGAAGAAAACCUCUCUCUCUCUCUCUCUCUCUGAGUCAACGAUCAAACGGUUAACCAAAAAACCUCUACCACUUGUCACAAUGCAGCCACAACAUACUCCACUGGAAUCUGACCUGCCACCAAUUGCCGCCAUUAAAGUCAAAGCCUCCGCCCCACGCUUUCCCCCUCCGGUCACCACUCCUUCCUCCACCGAAACCCCAACUGCCAACGCCCAACGCAAGAUCGGAAUUGCUGUUGACCUCUCCGACGAGUCUGCCUUCGCCGUCAAAUGGGCCGUACACCACUACCUACGUCCCGGAGACGCAGUUAUCCUCGUCCACGUCCGCCCCACCUCCGUCCUCUACGGCGCUGACUGGGGUUCCGUUGACCUCUCUAUUGUCGAUACCGAUAAUCAAGAGUCGACUCAGAAGCUCGAAGACGAUUUCGAUACUUUUACAACUACCAAAGCCGCCGAUUUGGCUCAGCCGUUGGUGGAGGCGAGUAUUCCGUUCAAGAUCCAUAUAGUGAAGGACCAUGAUAUGAAGGAGAGACUGUGUUUGGAGGUGGAGAGAUUAGGUUUGAGUGCAGUGAUUAUGGGGAGUCGAGGGUUUGGGGCAACGAGACGAGGGGGUAAUGGGAGGCUUGGGAGUGUUAGUGAUUACUGCGUGAGGCACUGUGUGUGUCCUGUGGUGGUUGUGAGAGAUGAGAGGGACGCUGGAAAUGCUGGCGGUGAGCCGGUGGUAUCCGUGGCCUCCAUGGCUGAUGAGGAUGAGGACGAGGCGGAUUAUCACGAUGCCUCUGAGGAUCGGAAAGAUACCUAGCUGAAACUUUGAUUUCCUGGUGCAAUUCUCCUAACUGCAGCAUCCGUAUGCAUUAGUUUUUAGAAGUCUCAUCUCGUGUUGCUUCUGCCCUUUGCUUUCUCUGUCGGUUGUAGAAAUUGGGGAAGGCCUUGCAGACUCUACAAACUGAAACGAAAGCUGAGCUGUUUCCAAUUCAUUAGACGUGGUUGGUUGGUGAAUUCCUGUAUACGAACAAUGGUCUCAUGUAUGUUGAUGGCAUUAGGUGUACCAGAAAAUGUCUUUGCUCCCAUCUGUGAUAUAUAAAUCAUUUGGAUGUUAAGAAGAAUGUUUAUCUAAUAUGGGACGUUAGUUCUCUUUGUUACCUCAUCAGCUACAUUUGUUCGUGAUUGCUUCUGCCGUUUUAUUGAUGCUUAUAUAUUGCGAUGAUGUUUUUUGUUACGUAAUGUCAC